GUUAUAUAAUAACUAAUGAGGCUUCAAAUUAAAAAUUAAAGAAAGGGUGAGAAAGAAGAGAAACUGAGAAAGAUUGAAGGCUUAAGGUUUAACAUCUCAACAGCUUUGUUGGUAUAAUGAGAUGGACUGCUCAUCAAACUCGAUUACUUGGUGAAACAAAUGGAGCUUUCAGAAACCAGCCCAGAUUUCACCAUUUCCCAUGGAAAACCAUAGCCAGACUGGAUUUUAAAUCUCUUCUCUAUUUCUUAAACCCAUUUCAAUCUCUGUAUUUUGUCCAUCAAAUAUGUUAAUCUCUACCUGUAAAGUCUCCAACAUUUCUUAUUCCUUAAUUCUCUCCUCCAAACCCAAUAAAUAAGAAAACUUUCAACCACUCCUCAUACGACAUCCCAACAAUUUCGUUUCCACAAAUAAAGUCUCAUUCUGCUCUCUGAGACCCAUCUCCCAUUUCCUUUUCCUGGGUUAUUCUCCCCCACAACCCACCCCUUUUGAUUAUCUAUGAUCAUUGAUUGGGUUGGGUUCUCCAGGACGAAUAUGAAGGUUUCGACUUGUGCUUUCGUUCUUCUUCUUGCUUAUGCUUCUAUUUUGAGGAUUGGUGCCGACGAGCUCCAAAAGAAUCAGCUGACGGAGCGAAUUUCAGGAAGCGCUGGUGAUGUUUUGGAAGAUGAUCCGGUGGGAAGAUUAAAAGUGUUUGUUUAUGAGCUGCCAAGCAAAUACAACAAGAAAAUACUGCAGAAGGAUCCCAGGUGCCUUAACCACAUGUUUGCUGCUGAGAUCUACAUGCAUCGGUUUCUGUUAAACAGCCCAGUUCGAACGCUCAAUCCUGAAGAAGCAGAUUGGUUCUACACCCCUGUAUACCUCACUUGUGACCUUACACCCAAUGGGCUUCCUUUGCCCUUCAAAUCCCCGAGGAUGAUGCGAAGUGUGAUCCAGCUGAUCUCUACAAACUGGCCUUACUGGAAUAGGACAGAAGGGGCCGAUCACUUCUUUGUUACCCCCCAUGACUUUGGGGCCUGCUUUCACUAUCAAGAAGAGAAAGCUAUUGAACGAGGGAUCCUUUCUUUGCUCCAACGUGCCACCUUGGUUCAGACUUUUGGACAGAAGAAUCAUGUUUGUCUGAAGGAUGGUUCAAUAACAAUUCCUCCAUAUGCUCCUCCACAGAAAAUGCAAGCCCAUUUUAUUCCCCCAGACACUCCACGCUCCAUCUUUGUUUACUUCCGGGGUUUGUUUUAUGAUGUCAGCAACGACCCAGAAGGUGGUUAUUAUGCAAGAGGAGCACGGGCAUCAGUAUGGGAGAACUUCAAGGAUAAUCCACUUUUUGACAUCUCUACUGAACACCCCACAACAUAUUAUGAAGAUAUGCAGCGUGCUGUUUUCUGCUUGUGUCCUCUAGGCUGGGCUCCGUGGAGUCCUAGAUUGGUUGAAGGGGUGGUAUUUGGAUGUAUUCCUGUUAUCAUAGCAGAUGACAUUGUGUUGCCAUUUGCGGAUGCAAUUCCAUGGGAGGAAAUUGGGGUGUUUGUAGCUGAGAAGGAUGUUCCAAACUUAGAUGCCAUCCUUACUUCAAUACCACCUGAUGUAAUAUUAAGGAAGCAGAGGUUGCUUGCCAACCCUUCAAUGAAGCAGGCAAUGCUUUUCCCACAGCCUGCUCGGCCGGGAGAUGCUUUCCAUCAGAUACUGAACGGGCUUGCACGUAAGUUGCCUCAUGACAAGAGCAUUUAUCUGAAACCUGGCGAGAAGAUUUUAAACUGGACUGCAGGACCUUUGGGUGACCAGAAACCAUGGUAGCAGCAGUGUUCUCUGGGAUGCCAUCAUUUACCCUUUUUUUUUCCUGGCCUGGACCCGCCUCAAUUGCUGUUCACAUCAAUUCCGAUGGGAUGCUGGCCUUCAUUUCAUUCAUACCUUAAGAGUAAAUGUAAAUCCACAUUUUAUUGACAGCUUAUUGAAAGCUAAAACGAGUACAUUAUUUUUUUUUUCUUUCUUUCUUUUUUUGCACAUAGGUAGAGUGAUAGAUGUGUGAAGCAUUGUGUAUUUUGCCUUACUGGGUAAUCUAGUUUGAUCUGAAUACUGAUGUUUUAAUUUGAAGCUCUCAUAAUAUUGGAUGAAA